GCCGCUAGCAUCAAAUUGCGAGUACAACUCACCGUCAUUCACGUGGUUUCCUGAUAAUUGCUAAAUUGAAUGGUUGCUAGGCAACGAUUGUUUUCUAGCCGUCCACUCGUUGAAGUAAAGCGUAACUAGUCAGGAUCAGAAUACUCUUCGGUUUCUCGUAGAAUGUUAACUCCAUAAAUCUCGCGUCGGAAUUUCCACCAGCUUCUACUCUUAUCGGCGCAUGAUAACAGUGACUACACCUGUGAACCAAAACAGCCAGACAGCGAAAAUUUGGUCGUGAGACAGGUGGUUGAUAAUUUGUUAGUUUUAUAUUUCCGAUUAAAUUAGCAAGUAUGUCACUGAACAAGAAAUUGAACAUUGACAAGCUGGAUCUGAAGGGAAAGCGUGUGUUGAUCAGGGUUGAUUUCAACGUGCCGCUGAAGGAUGGCAAGAUUAGCAACAACCAAAGGAUCGUGGCCGCUCUGGACACCAUCAAGUAUGCGCUGGACAAGAAGGCCAAAUCGGUGGUGCUCAUGUCACAUCUCGGUAGGCCCGAUGGGCACAAGGACCCCAAGGCGACCAUGAAGCCGGUAGCCGACGAACUCAAGAAACUGCUGAAUAAGGACAUAACGUUUCUGACGGACUGCGUCGGACCUGAUGUGGAAAAAGCCUGCAGCAGCCCAAAGGACGGCUCCAUCAUUUUGUUGGAAAAUCUCCGCUAUCAUGUUGAAGAGGAAGGGAAGGGCGUUGAUGAGAAAGGCAACAAGAUCAAGGCCGACGAAAAGAAGACAAAGGAGUUCCGCCAGUCACUGCGCAAGCUGGGGGACAUUUAUAUCAACGAUGCAUUCGGCACAGCGCAUCGCGCUCACAGCUCAAUGCUGGGAGAGGGCUUCGACAAGAGGGCUGCUGGGUUCCUGCUGAAGAAGGAACUAACGUACUUCGCAAAGGCAUUGGAGUCACCUGCCAGACCUUUCCUUGCCAUUCUUGGUGGUGCUAAAGUGCAAGACAAGAUUCAGCUUAUCGAAAACAUGCUGGAUAAAGUGAACGAAAUGAUCAUCGGAGGAGGCAUGGCAUUCACCUUCCUGAAGGAGCUGAACGGGAUGAAGAUCGGAGGCUCGCUGUUCGAUGCCGACGGAGCGAAGAUCGUGAAACAGCUGAUGGAGAAGGCCAAGAAGAACAAGGUCCAGAUCCACCUCCCCGUCGACUUCGUCACUGGCGACAAAUUCGACGAAAAGGCAAAGGUGGGCGCUGCAACGGUCGACGGAGGCAUCCCAGACGGCUGCAUGGGCCUGGACAUCGGACCCAAGACCACGGAUGCGUUCAAAGCAGUUAUCCUCAAGGCGAAGACGAUUGUCUGGAACGGACCUCCUGGGGUCUUUGAAUUCGAGAACUUCGCGAAGGGCACCAAGGGCAUGAUGGACGCCGUCGUGGAGGCGACUAAGAAGGGCGCCACGACCAUCAUCGGCGGCGGCGACACGGCCACCUGCUGCGCCAAAUUCAAGACCGAGGACAAGGUCAGCCACGUCAGCACCGGAGGCGGCGCCAGCCUGGAGCUCCUGGAAGGAAAAGUCCUUCCGGGAGUAGCGGCUCUCUCUGAAGGCUAGCAAGACUGAGAAAUAGCAGUUGAGAAAAAGUGCUCUUACAGGAACAGUCCGUUAGAUUUUCUAUUAUGAAUAUAUAAAUAACCGUUUGGCGUGAAACAAACGAAAUAGUAAAAAUAGUGAAAAUAUACAUUGAAGUCAGCUA